AUGGAAGCGAUGUCCCCCCAGCAGGAGACUCUCGGGGGGCAGCCGGGGCGCUCCUCCUCCCUGACAGGAAUGUCGUGGAUCGCGGGAGGCCCCGGCACCAAGAAGAAAAUGAAAACCCUAGCAGAAAGAAGGAGGAGCGCACCAUCUCUUAUCCUGGAUAAAGCCCUACAAAAACGGCCUAGUACCAAGGACAGUCCUUCUGCUAGCAUGGACACGGGUGCCUUUCUGUCAUCAUCUAUGUGCUCCAAUAGGACUCUGCUAAUCGAUGGCCGAGUUGAACUCAAACGAGGCCUGCAAAGGCAGGAGCGGCAUCUUUUCCUGUUCAGUGAUCUGUUUGUUGUGGCCAAAAGCAAGUAUAACAACAACUUUAAGAUAAAAAAUAAAAUUAAAUUAAGUGACAUGUGGACAGCAAACUGUGUGGAUGAAGUGGGAGAAGGCAAUACCGAUGCCAUGAAAUCAUUUGUAGUGGGCUGGCCCACCGUGAACUUUGUGGCCACUUUCAGUUCCCCAGAACUGAAGGACAAAUGGCUCUCUCUCCUUCAAAGAUACAUCACUCUAGAGAAAGAGAAGGACUAUCCGAAGAGCAUUCCCCUCAAAAUCUUCGCCAAGGACAUUGGGAAUUGUGCCUAUUCUAAAACUAUAACAAUAACGAAUUCAGACACAGCGAAUGAAGUUAUCAACAUGUCUCUCCCAAUGCUAGGGAUAACUGGCUCUGACAGAGAUUACCAGUUAUGGGUCAAUUCUGGCAAAGAAGAGGCACCGUAUCCACUUAUUGGGCAUGAGUAUCCCUACGGAAUCAAAAUGAGCCAUCUUCGAGACACUGCCCUCCUGACACAGGAGGCAAAGGACUCCACCAACCCUUCCAGCCUCCAGGAGCCCUUCCUCAUGGAGCAGCUGCCCCGGGAGAUGCAGUGCCAGUUCACCCUGAAGCCCAGCCGCCUGGCUGCGGCCCAGCAGCUGAGCGAUUCGGGUCAGAAGACAUUUAAAAGGAGAAGAUCUAUCAUCAAUUGGGCCUUUUGGCGGGGUUCUGGCACUCACCUGGAUAACUCGCCCAUGUCCCCAACCUCUCCUAUGACAGGACAGCUCUUUGGAGUGUCUCUGACAAAUAUCUGUGAGAAUGACAAUCUGCCCAAACCUGUCUUGGAUAUGCUUUUUUUCCUUAAUCAACAAGGACCCCUCACGAAAGGCAUCUUCAGACAGUCUGCCAAUGUGAAGUUGUGCAAAGAACUGAAGGAGAAACUUGACUCGGGAGCAGACGUGCGCCUGGACUGUGAAUCCAUUUUCGUGAUAGCGUCUGUUCUGAAGGAUUUUCUACGACAUAUUCCCAGGAGUAUUUUCUCAACAGAUCUCUAUGAUAACUGGGUCUGUGUAAUGGAUCAAGGAAAUGAUGAAGAGAAAAUAAAUACAAUUCAAAGGCUGUUAGACCAGCUUCCGAGAGCCAAUAUUGUUCUUCUAAGGUACCUUUUUGGGGUACUACACAACAUUGCGCAACAGUCCUCAUCCAAUCAGAUGAACGCAUAUAAUUUAGCGGUGUGUAUCGCUCCGAGCAUUCUUUGGUCUGCUACUUCCUGCAGCCCAGAAUUAGAACCCGUAUUUGCAAAAAAGGUUACUCUGCUGAUUCAAUUUCUGAUUGAAAAUUGCUGUAGAAUAUUUGGAGAAGAAAUCACUUCCCUCUUUGGAGAGGUGUCAGUGAGGUGUGACAUUAGAGAGAAUACCUCAGAUCUCUCUUGCUUACAAAUGACUGACUCCUCGUAUGACAGCUUGGAAAACGAGCUGAAUGAGGAUGCUGACGCUCCGUGCAGUGACCUGGUGACGACCCUCGGCCAGGGGAGCAGAAGCAUGGACUCCGUCCUCACCCUCAGUGACUAUGACCCCGACCAGCCUGAGUUGGAAGGUCUUUUAACCCUGAGCGACUUUGACUUAGACCGUCCUAAACAUGAAGACAUUCAACUGGAAGGGCCUCUCGAUUCCAAGGCAGUGACGGUCACAGUGCUGUACGGAGAGGCCACCCUGCAGGACCAUGCCGGGGCCCCAUCCGGCACAACCACACCCAGCCAUCUGUCCAUGGCCGCAGAAGAUGCUCCGAAAAGCCCUCGGCGCCACCGGCGCUGCUCGGAGCCCAGCAUCGACUAUCGAGAUGCAAAGCUUUCCUCUUUCCGCGAGUUUUACCAGAAAAAGCUACGCAAGUCCAGCUGUGAUGCAAUUCUGUCGCAGAAAGGUGAGGACCAUCUGAAGCAAAAUGAACCCCCACGGGAGGAGGGUAAGACGUGUUUUAAACAGGCUGUAGUCACAGGCACUGAUAACAAGAAAAAUGCCUCUAAUAAAAAUGUUAAGAAGGGCUUCUUUACUCAUGAAGGAAGCCACGUGAAGCUCCCCCCUCCCUCAAAGCCAUUGGCCAUUUCUGUGGCAUCUUGCAAUUACAUGUCCUCACAUGAUUGUCCCAGGAGCCAGGCCUCUGAUGCAGACACACCUGGGCACGCCGCGCCACACGCAGCAGAUGCCCCCAAGAGUUCCAGGAGGCACCGGUGCUGCUCAGAGCCCAGCAUCAAUGACCAGCAUUCCAAGCUGAGCUAUCUCAGGGGGAUUUUUUCAAGGAAACACAAUAAAGCCAGCUAUGAAGUAGGCCCCUUGCGUGGAGAGGAGGAGUAUCUCCAGCAGCACAAGUCUUUACAAAUGGAGGGGCAAAAGCUCAUUAACCAGAGCUUGGUCAUGGGGAUCGAGGUGGGCAAGAGCGGUGCCACAAGCCAGAGCACUGAGACGCUUUUACCCUCGAGGUUAAGCAUCUGCCCCAGGACUAGCUGUUCCAGCUUGUCCUCCCCAGGCACCUCCCCAUCUGGCUCCUCCGUGAGCUCCCAAGACAGUGCUUUUUCUCAGAUUUCAGAGCAUUCCGUGUUUACGCCCACUGAAACCUCCUCCCCAAUAGAUUGCACUUUUCAGGCCCACGGCCAGCAUGGAGAACCUUCCGACUUCAGCAGCUCCAGACUCACUUCUGGAGGGUCUGGUCCCGCCUCUGGGCAGGCCAGCAGCCGCCUGGCUUAUACAAAAAAGGACACCUUAGAGAGGCAUUCACACAUGCAUUCUGUAACCCUUCAUCCCAGCACGUGGCUAAGAAAUGGUAUGGCCAGUUUAAAAAACUGGUCCCUGAAAAACAAAGCCAGGGCAGCCAGACCAGAGGAAAGGAAAAUAGCUUCUCUACCAGGACCUGCCGAGCCACGUCCACAUGCUUCUGGGGCUCCGGAAGCCAACCCACAGCAAGAGACACAGAAAGACAUGCCCCUGAGGGCAGCUGCAGAACUUCCAGCUGUGCCGACAGCCCAGCAGCACAGCUCUGAUCCCAGCCACGUCUCCGAGCCACGCGGUAGCUCUCCAUCCAGCCAAGUGGAAGGCACAUUGGAGCUUUGUCUGAAGUCACAGGAGGAAGGAGAGAGUAGCGGGCAGUGCUCUCCGGGUACCCCGCCCUGUGAGAGAUCCUCACCCGGCUCUUUGGUUAUGGAUGAUGAGUCCAGCCCAGACUCAGGGCCUACAGUAGUGUGUGAUGUUGCGGACAAACAUUCAACCAAAGACAUUUUACCACAAGAAGAACCUGAUGUCUAGAAGAACAGAAGGUGGUCUAACAAUGACAUCGAGACAAUAAUCAUUAUGACCCCUUUGUAUAAAUUACCUGGAACAGGUAGCAAAAAGAAAUUAUUGCUAAUA